AUGAAGAGACGGUAUGGUCGAUUCGGCAAGUUUACCAUCUUCGUGGGGCUCAUUUUCGUGUGCCAAGGUCCGUUUCCGAUCCGUUGUGUCUACGAUGGUGAUCCCAACAUCAGGGGCCUUCAGUAUAAUCGUACACUCAACGACGGUGUUGAGGAUGACUGGUUCAGCCAGCACCUCCGAAACAAGCUCGGCAAGGACUCUCUCUCCCAUGAAAAGAAAAAGGAGAAUACUAGUAACAAGAACAAAGCGAAUCAUCUAGAUCCUAACUUCAACGUCGACAGACAGAAGAACAAGAGUGGUGGAGGCCACAAGGCAAGUGAGCCAGUCACGGCGGCAAUAACGACAAAAUCACCGAGGAAGGCACCAGGAGGAAGUACCGGUUUGACCACUACCAAAGCAACAAAGCCACCCAAUUCCAAAAAGGACUACCCCAAAACAACCGUUAAGCCUAAAGGACCAGGCAACAAGGGAAAUCGCAAGGUUACCGUCGACAUCAAAAUCAAGAAGGUCGAGUUGGUAGUCAUAUACGAAUCUCUAUGCCCGUAUAGCAGACGCCUCGUCUACAGCCAGUUGCGGCCGACCUACACCCAGCUGGCAUCAUACAUCAAUUUAACCUUGUUACCGUUCGGCAAGGCCCACGUCAGGACCGAACGUGAUGGUGCGGGCCGCAACAUAACCAGGAUCUCCUGCCAGCACGGCGAAAACGAGUGUGUGGGCAACAAGAUCGAGACGUGCGUCCUGAGGGUGGUCAAGCAAACAGUGACUGCAGUUCAGAUAGUCGCUUGCAUGUCCGAAAACUCGUCUCCCCACAGAGCCGGCGAGAACUGUGCUAAGGCCUUCGGCGUCCAAUGGAGCUUGAUCGACACCUGCGUUAAGGAGCACGGCGAGGAGUACGAACUUCAAGUCGCCGCAACGACCUGGAAGUACAAGAGUGACGUGACGCGGGUGCCGCUCGUCGUGAUGGAUGGCGACCAGGGUAACUAUGUCAACUAUCAUGCGCAGAACGACAUGAUAAUCAUAGUGUGUAAUGAGAUAAGAGCUCUUGGUAACAAGGAACCAAAGGUUUGCCACCAUGAACGGCGUCGACGCCGACGGCGCAAACGUUAA